AUGCCGGACAAGGUUUCCUACCGCCACGGUGAUCUCAAGCCUGGCAAUAUCCUCUGGUUCCGGGAGAAUAAUGGAUACGGCACGCUCAAGAUAGGCGACUGGGGUGAGGCAAAGAGUCACAAGCAAGUUACCGCCUUGCGCCAUGGUCGCUUGGAUACAACUGCAAAAUACGGCACAAGAAGAUACGAACCACCAGAGACUGGCCUACAGUCACUUCUUCCUAAGGGCACCCCGCAUGUACGGUCCCGCUUAUACGACGUAUGGGGUAUGGGCUGUAUCAUCCUCGAGUUUAUCAUCUGGCUGUUGUACGACCAUAAAGAGCUCUGUAGAUUCAACAACAGUAACCAAGGAUACUUCGGUCUUUCUGACAUGUUCUACGAGAUUAGUCACGAGAGGGUUCCACGAAUCCAUCGCGUUGCGGAACACUGGAUGGAGCACAUGGCGAAGGACGGACUGUGCCUUCCAGGUGAAACCGCUCUCGGGAAUCUCCUCCAAAUCGUUCGUACAGGUCUUUUGAUCGUUGAGCUCCCCGAAGAUGGUGGUCUGGUCCCUUCAGCUGAUAACGGGAUGCCUACCUUUCCGCAUGAUGACAGUCCAUUGAUCAGCGUCACCACACCAGAUUCCACAAAUCAUGAGAUCAUUCAUGGUUCUUCAUCAAAUACGCGGACCAGAUUUCGUGCCAGUGAGCUUGAGACGGAAUUGCUCCGAAUAGCUCUAGUCGGGGGAGGUGAACACUACUGGUACCAAAACCAGAAGCCAAGACCAGCACCAGGGGACAUCAUUGGCAUGCCUCAUCUACCGGUACCUACUGGCCAUAGAGAGUACUCUGACGUUCUCCCCGUCCCUGCAAUUGACAUGGUCGAUUAUGCGCAUCCAUCUUUAGAUCCAGAGGAAUGGGAGUUCGAACUCGAUAACGACUUUGCUGCCACCGAAUCGUCUCGGUUGAAAAGUAUCACCAGAAUGGCUCCGCAUGAAACCCCGCCCUCAGCGAAGCUGUGCACCAUCUGCAGAGACUUUCAGGGAAGGCUACUAGACGCAGAGUUUGCAAUUUCCUAUGCUACACAAACACUCCGAAUAAAUUCGGAGGCCAAGAGCUGUGAUCUGUGCUACAUUCUAUGGCAAAACUGCCGCGACAAAUUGAACGGAGGAUGUGAAAGUGUGCACUUGCAAAGGGCGGGUUCUGCUAUACGAAUAAGAGGCUUGAAGCAUCCGAUACUUACCGUAUUACGGAGCGAUGGUAAGUCACCGCUCUGA